AUGCAUUUUGGCACUACUACUACAAAUAGUGUAGAAAGUGCACAUGCAAAGCUAAAGAGAUACUUACGCUCAUCACAAGGAAAUUUUGAGACUUCAUGGUCUACAAUACUUAAUUUACUAGAGCUACAACACACAGAGAUAAAAGCGUCGUUUGAGAAAAGUUUGACGACUGUUCAACAUAAUUUUAAGCCUACAUUAUUCAAAGAAUUGAGAGGAUUUAUUUCAAGAUGUGCCCUUGAUAAGGUAUUUCAAGAGUCAAAGCGAGGUGAUUGGGUUGGAUUUGAUAUUCAUGCUUGUGGGUGUGUUAUUCGUCGCACGCAUGGAUUGCCAUGUGCCCAUGAGAUUAAUGAAUAUCAGUUAGAAGGACGAGCUAUUCCCUUAGCAUGUAUAAACUCUUAUUGGAGGAAGCUUGACUUGGUAAAAUCUACCAAAAAUGAAGCUAACGAAAUAAGUUGUGAUGCAGAGAUUGAAUUAUUUCUUAGACGGUUUCAAGAGGUCGAUAUUCCUACUAAAUUACACUUACAAAGAAAGUUAAGGGAGUUAGCUGAACCAUCAACAACUUUUCUUGUUGAACCAGAGGUGAAAAUGAAUACACGUGGUCGACCACCUUCAAAAUUUGAUCAUUCUACUCGUCGAGAUCCAUCUGCUUUUGAAUAUGUUUCUGCUAAAUACGAUAAAUCUUUUAUUUCUUCUAAUUUGAAUACGAAGAAUAAAGAUGUACGUCAGAACACUUCACAGCACUCACAAUCAUAUCUAAAGUCAUUACCAUGUGAGUUGAAACCAUACAUUCGUUUUGUUAAAGAUGUAGAAAGUGAUGGAAAUUGUGGUUUUCGAGCUAUUGCAGACUUGAUGGGCAUGGGUGAGGAUAGUUGGAUGCAAGUUAGAAAAGACUUAAAGAGUGAAUUAGUUUCUCAUAGAAAUGACUAUAAUUUACUUUAUGGUUGUCCUGAUAGAGUGGAUGAACUACUUCAUAUUUUAAGAGCUACCCAAGCUUUAAAUAUUGGAUGA